AUGAACUAUACUAUUAUGUGCUUGAAAAAUGACGGCUUAGAUUCUUCUCAUUAUGUUUCAGCAUCUGGAAUGUUUAAUGAUUCUUUUUACAAAAGUAGCAAGACAGAACUCAAACUCAUGACAAAUAUGGAUAAAUAUUUAACGAUAGAAAAUGACAUUCGUGAAGGUAUAAUAAUGACAAGUCAUCGAUAUGCUAAAGUAAAUAAUCUACAACAUUCAGACUAUGAGUCCAGUAAGCUAAAUUUCUGGAUCAUAUUUAAGGAUAUGAAUACUUUAUAUUUAGCGUCAGAUGCAAAAAUAGAUUAUACACUUGAAGUUAAUCUAGAAGUUCUAGUAUACUUAUAUGAUUACUUUGCAGAUUAUCCAUUAGCACCAGAAAAGCAGAUAGUUUCAGAAGAAUAG